GGGCACAGUGCAGCGGCGGAGGCAGAGGGAAGGUGGGGGUUGCUGCUGGUGGUUGCUGUGGUGCCGUUAGGGCUGGUGGUGGUGGUGGUGGUUGUGGUGGUAAAUGACUAUUGGCUUUGGUAAUAGUGGUGCCAGAAUAGCUUAUUGACCAAGAACGACCAACGAGGUUUGAGGAAAGGAUGCAGUGACACAUUUCGGCCUCCUAUCUCUCCUUUCUCUUGAACCACAUCUCUGCGUCUUGCCCACUCACCCUCUCGUUCCACUUCAUUUUCCUAUCUUCCUCUGCGACCGAUUCCAGUCCAGACAGCUCUUUCUGGCCGCCCUUUGCUGGCCGCCAGCACCUCAACAGCAGCACCGUCUCGAGUCGCCCUGCGAACCUGUGAAGCUACCGGCAGCCGACCGUCGGCCACAAAACGCCAGCAAUGUUCGGAAUGUUCAACCCAAUGAGCGCCGUCACCAGCCAGCUGCCCGGCGGUGGCGGAGAUGACGAAGGAGACAAGGAGAAGGAGGAGGAGGCAGAGCGAGAGAGACAGGAGGCCAUCGCAGAGGCAGAGGAGAGGAGGAAGGACAAACACCGCAAAAUGGAAGAGGAGCGGGAAACCAUGAGGCAGGGCAUCAGAGAUAAGUACAACAUAAAGAAGAAGGAGGAGGUGGACCCGAUGAACAUGGAGCCGGACAACCCGCUGAUGCGGAAGAAGAAGACGCCCGAGGAGCUGGAGAAGGAGGCCGAGAUGGCUGACCAGGACGAGCUUACCAAGUUGAAAAACACUUUGGAAAAUCAAGUAGGAGACAUAAAACAGCAAAUUGAAGACAAAUGGCGGUCAAUUCACGGGAAAUGCUCGCUGCAGUAGGCGCCGCGGCGGCCGACGACUCUGCGGAGGGCGCCGCGCGGCACCGCUGCCGCCCGACCGGCCAGCUCAGUGUUAGUCAGUGCCUAUACUUGGUUGAGCGUGUUCUGUUGAUGCCCAACUCGGCGCGCGAACAGCUGGUGGCGGCUGGGGCCUGUGCAGAUCAGGUCAGUUCAGGUCGCGCUCCGCCAGUCUGGAGGAGACAUGAAGACGGAACCGCAGCGGUGAGGACGGCUGGUGCCCUGCCGACGCUGGCGGGCCGCGGGGAAGACGCACGUCAAGAUCGAAGUCAGGCUUGUGAGCGCCUUCGCUGGCUGCCGAGGGCGGAAGGACGUAUGGACGCGCUGGUCCGGCCCAGCGAUAGUGAGUGUCCCUGUAGGCAGCUCGAGGUAGCUAUGUGGUCGUGCCAUGCCUAGCUUCUCUCAUAUCCUCGCGCUGUAUUGCGUACGCUGGCGACUCCUGCUCCAUUUCGUUUCUCGGCUUAUUGAUCGCGUCUUCAGCGCUCUGCGGUUCUUGGUCUGGUUGCGUGGGUCUGAUAGCGGAGUAGCUUUCAGCUUCCUGACACUUUCAAACAGAUGAAUUGUCUCUCACACAUCUGUUGUUCUGCCGCUGUAAUGACAGGCUCGGCGCGGACGCUCGAUAGGCUCGUGGCGUGCUGUUUGUGACCGGUAUCCCCGCCCCUGGCCGAAGCCAGGCUGGUGUAGGCAAGAUGUAUCGUCCGCGCAGUGUCAAUAGCAGUCCUGUAGGAGGCGUAACGGAUGAGGAGCGCAACGCACGACAAGGACUGGCUUCCUGGACUCUUCCUACAUCAACUAACACGUUCCUAGUUAUGUUAAACGCACUGUUGACCUGUUUCGGCUUUUAUUUUCUGUCCAUCUGUUUGGGCUAUGUGGCCCACUUCCAACCAGUGAGAGGGGGCACGUCAUUUGUUUGCACAAAGGCACGUGCACGCACAGCGUAGAGGGCCGUUGCACGUGCGUUGACCCCGCGUCAGUCGGGGAAGGUGUGUGAGCUAGUGAUACGUCUAUCCGGUGGUGUUUGGGUAGGUGCCAGGUAGACACUGCGUAGCAGACUUGUGGUAAUUUGGCGUACGUUAGCAUCUGUGAUGCCUCAAUAAGAUGUUGUGCCCAUUAGUGACGCUUAGGGAGUGUAACAGUGAUAUAAUACGACGCGGUGGCUGUUUGAGCUAAUUAGAUGAAUCAUUCGCAAACAGAAACAUUCCUCGUCAUAUUGGAUUGCCCAGCUGACAGUCAGAUCUUAUUGACAGCUAUUUACUUUGAAAUAUUUUUCGCUUCUUUUGGAGUUCGUCAUCUGUUUGCUAUUGUUUCUGGCAAUUUAUUGUGCUUUGUAAUAAAAUGAUAAUUUAUGGUA